AUGUCCUACCCCAGCACAGGAAUGGAUGCUCACAUCAAGACAAUAGAACCCCCUCAACGCAGCGAACACGACCAAGUUGGCGACGAAAUCGAACACCUCAAGCUCAAACCCGCCGAAGCUGAAAUAGCUCGGUCCAAAGGCUAUCGAGAGAAGCAAUAUCUUUACUGUGAUCUGGCGGAAAUACUCCAGGACCUCAAACCAGGAAUGCGGAAAGCGUUUGGUGAAGAUUCUGAGGCGUAUAGGCAUCUACUUCUAGAAGAGAAACUGGUCUCUUAUCAGCUGACUGGCGUGAUGGUUCUUCGUCUACUCUGGUCAUCAAUCUUCUGGCUCGUGAUCCUGUCUCCAUUUCUCCUAUGGUAUCUAUUCUGGUAGCUUCGCCGUUGCGUUUUUCUACAUUAUUCUCCCUAUACCGUUCCUGAAAGAGUCUUACACCUAGUCUUGUACCUACAUCAUGUCAUGAUGAAACCGAACCUUUUGUAAUGUCAUGAUCUUAGCUUGUCCUGGGUCGAA